AUGACAAUAUUGAAUGGACAGGCAUUUCAUUGGACAACAAAUUCAAAAACUAAGAAAUUUUUUAAAUUCUUGAAUCCAGCACUUAUUCUUUCUAGUCAGCAUAUAUUGUCUAAUUGUAUUCUUGAUACUAAGAGAAUAAAUUAUAUUAAAUUACAAGAACAAACAUUAAAUAAAGACAGUAUUAAGGAAGAAACUAAUACUAGUUCAGAAAAAAAAAGAAUAAUUGAAAUUAUUCCUAAAAUCAAGAAUAUAAUCAAAGAUGCAUUGAAUGGACUAAAUAAAUUAAAUUCAGAUAUGGAUAAAGAAUAUGAUGAAUUGCAUAAUAAUGAAUUAUCAAGUAUAAAAACUAUUGAUGAUUAG